AACUGAUCCGGCGCUGCUAUUGGUCCAAAAGACACUGAAUCAUAACCGUUUAGUGUGGCUUUCCAGGCUUGACAGCUGUCACCAAAUACCGAGGUCGAGGGGGAGAGAAGCAUGGCUGCGUUGUUUAGAGGGUCCCGGAGUAUAUGCUUCAGGUGGAACAAGCAUGUCUUCGGAUCAACAAGAUCCAUGGCCUCAAAGACACCAGUGGGUUUUAUUGGUCUGGGAAAUAUGGGAAGUCCCAUGGCCAAGAACUUAAUAAAAAAUGGUUAUCCUGUCAUCGCCACUGAUGUCUUCCCAGAAUGUUGCAAAGAGCUGCAGGACUUGGGUGCCCAGGUGGUGGACUCUCCUGCAUACGUGGCAGAGAAAGCAGACCGCAUCAUCACAAUGCUGCCAUCUAGUCCAAAUGUCAUAGAAGUCUACACAGGCUCUAACGGCAUCUUGAAGAAGGUGAAGAAGGGAACGCUGCUGGUCGACUCCUCAACAAUUGAUCCGGCUGUUGCUAAAGAAAUGGCUGUAGCGGCAGAGAAGAUGGGCGCCGUCUUCAUGGAUGCUCCAGUGUCAGGAGGUGUUGGGGCUGCCAGCAUGGCUAAACUGACCUUCAUGGUUGGUGGACUGGAGGAAGAAUUCAAGGCUGCACAGGAAUUAUUCACCUGCAUGGGAGCUAAUGUCAUCUACUGUGGACAAGUUGGCACAGGACAGGCAGCAAAGCUCUGCAACAAUAUGCUGCUAUCCAUCGGGAUGAUUGGGACUGCAGAGACCAUGAACCUAGGCAUCAGAUUGGGUUUGGACCCCAAGUUGCUUGCACAGAUUCUUAACAUGUCAUCGGGUCGCUGCUGGUCCAGUGACACAUACAACCCCGUCCCUGGAGUAAUGGAGGGUGUCCCCUCAGCCAACAACUACCAAGGUGGUUAUGGGACUACUCUGAUGGCCAAGGAUCUUGGCUUAGCCCAGAACACUGCCACCAACACAAGGACACCCAUCCCUCUGGGUUCCCUUGCCCACCAGAUCUACAGAGUCAUGUGCUCUCGCGGCUACGCCAACAAGGACUUUUCAUCCGUCUUCCAGUUUCUGCGCGAGGAGGAAGCACAGUGAAUGGAGGUGGACCAUCGCUGACAACUAUGAUGAUAACUAUGAUAGCAACAGCUAUGAUGGACUGUAACUCAGACCUCAGAAUCAUGCACCCGAGUGUCCCUUAUCCCAGUAUUCUCAGGAGAGACUUAAAAGAGGCCAAAAUGCUGUCUUGACACCUCUCUGCUUGUUGUCAACUCCCUCUCCUGUACCUGAAGAGAUGCUAAGACUUAUUUAAAAAUGUCUGCCCACCCAAAAAAUACAAAAAUCCUGGUUGAGCUUUACUAAAACGCAGUGUACAGUAGCUGCAGAUUUACAUGCAACUAUGCAACUUGUGUAUCAUUUCCUGGAUGGUUAAAGACUGGAAAUGAAUCGGCUUUGAAGCUCCAGCAUGUUUUUGUUAGAAUUGUGCUAAAUAUCUGCUACCUGUAUGACCUAACCCCGAUUCUGCAAUGAUGUGGACAGAAAAAGAAAAAUAACCAUGCUGCUACUAAUACAAAUGCAGUUGAGGAAAUUACAACCAACUGCAGAGGUUAUGACUCUGUUGUUACCCACAUUAUACCAAAGUUGCCCAAAGAUGAGGCUCAAAGUUUACUGACGUUCAAUCACAUUUCUUCAUAUUAUGAAAGGAAAUUUAAUUUAAUACCUACCUACAUUUAUAUAUGUGUUUUGAAUUAUGAAUACACUACAUUUAGAGUUGUUUUAGUUCAUUUUCAACUAUGCUGUGAGAAAUCUUGUUUGUGCUGUGUUUGUUGCAGUGCAACAUUUCAGGGCCCUUUUGAUACUGCUACAGAGUCUCUCUGAACUUAAUUCUUUACUUUGCUGUCUACAUCUGCCCAUUGAGCCAUCAGAGUAUUAUUUUGUGACUAAUAAUGUCAAUAUUUUAAACAUUGUUUCACUGUCUAGCACUUUCUUAAGCCCACUGUAUCUUCACCCUGCCUAUCCCAUUUUGUCCGAUUCAACUGUGUAAAUUGUCCGUGAGGAAUGGUUUCAUCGUGCUGUGUGAAUUUGUACAUAAUUUAUAUUUCAUAAUGUUGUGCAGCAUUGAUGUAUAGACUGUUACUUUCUUCUUUAAAAAAAAAAAAAAAAUUAUUCUAGUUUCUACAGUUUGUCUUUAAUCUGUGAAGCCAAAUGUCAGUCAAACUGCUGCAGAAAAAUAAAAAUAUUUUGUGUAUUC